AUGUCUGCAGGUGUGAAAAUAGGCAACCGUCUGCUGCCCAAGGAUCGUUGGGAAUCAAAGAAAAUGAACUGUCAAAAAUCCUACCCAACACUGCAAGUGUUGUGCACGACCCUCUCUGAGGGCGAACUCAAGCCCGAGACCAGCUUAAGUCCUCAGCACGUCUUUUCCCAUCUCUUCAUCGGAUUCGCCGCCAUAUUUCCUUCUGAUAAGCCUAAAUUGGUAUCACUAGCUCCAUACCGUGACAUACCAUGA